AGUUUGGCCUCUCUUGGCUCCGGCUAUGUAAUGAUGUGGGAUAACAUACUGCAGCAUGCUGUAGAUAUCAAAAAGCAUUGCUGUGAAUUAUCCUUCAAGCAUCCGCUAAGGGGAGUCUAUAGCUGGACCUCCCUCCAUGGUUACUAUGACAACAUGAGGGAGCACAGUCUUUCAGGCGAAGUGUUCAGCUAAAGCAGGUGUCGUAUUCCAUAUCCAGCUCUCCCCGAGCCCCGGGAUCCUGGAAGGGGCUAUCCAUUUACCUCUAUUUCCCAUGCAUUGUCCCUUCGCCUCCUUCUCAUAGCCCUGUUCAGCAUCUCUUAGGAAGAUGGUUCAUCACUCCGGCUCUAUCCAAUGCUUUAAGCAGCAGAAAGGUAUGUUUAAAAGCAAAAGUGGGACAGACAAGGAACACCAACUGAAGCCAUCAAGGAGAAGUAUGCCAUGUUUAGCCCAGAGCCAAACCCACCCUCAGCAUCUGAACAAGCAGUCUACAGUGCUCCAGCAGAACAGAGUCCAGCCUCAACUUGAUAGUGAAGCCUCCUCAGCAAUCGAUGUAGAGCCUCAACAAGAUUCUACACGAGAUACCUACACAGAUGACUCCGAACAUGGAACGUACGACUGCCGCACAGAUCAAUCUCUGCUCAUUCAGCACAAACUUAACAGGCAAAAACAAGCCUCGCGGAAAUCUCAAAAGUGUAAAGAAGAUUCAAUAAAUCGAGAAAAGCAAAGAUUCCCGGCACACACAAAUCCGAAGGAAAUGACUACAGUGGCGUCCCUCGGGUUAUAUUUUAAAGACGGGAUAAAACGCAUUGACUACAUUUUGGUAUACAAGAAAUCAAGCCCACAGAUCGAGAAGCGCAGCACCUUUGAGAAGAACCUCAGAGCCGAGGGCUUAAUGCUGGAGAGGGAAAAUUCUAUAACCAACAACGACAUUAUGUUUGUAAAAGUCCACUGUCCAUGGGAUACAUUGUGCAAGUACGCCGAGCGGAUGAACAUCAGAAUGCCUUUUAGGAAAAAAUGUUAUUACACUGACUGGAGGAGCAAAACCAUGGGCAGUUUGCAGAGGAAUAUGAGGCAACUCAAAAGCUGGCUGCCUAGAAACCCAAUGAAGCUUGACAAAGAGGCCCUUCCAGAUCUCGAGGAGACAGAUUGUUAUACAGCUCCGUUCAGCCGAGCUCGCAUGCACCAUUUCACAAUAAACAACAAAGACACCUUCUUCAGUAACUCCACGAGAAGUCGCAUCGUCCAUCAUGUCUUACAGAGGACAAAAUACGAAGAUGGAAAAUCAAAAAUGGGAAUCAACAGAUUGCUCGGUAAUGGGACAUAUGAAGCAGCAUUUCCACCUCAUGAGGGAAGCCACAAGAGCAGACACCCAAUCAAAACCCAUGGGGCCCAGAAUCACAGGCACCUGCUGUAUGAAAGGUGGGCUCGCUGGGGGAUGUGGUAUAAGUAUCAGCCGCUGGAUUUAAUCAGGAGGUACUUUGGUGAGAAGAUCGGCUUGUACUUCGCUUGGUUGGGCUGGUACACAGGGAUGUUGAUACCUGCAGCUCUUGUUGGAUUGUUCGUCUUCCUCUAUGGAUUAUUUACCAUGGACUCCAGCCAAGUAAGUGUGGAGAUCUGUGAAGCAAAUGAAACUAUCAUGUGCCCGAUGUGUGAGAAGAAUUGCACUCUCCAAAGACUGAAUGAAAGCUGCAUAUAUGCAAAGGUCACUCACUUGUUUGAUAAUGGAGGCACAGUCUUCUUUGCCAUAUUCAUGGCAAUAUGGGCCACUGUUUUUCUUGAGUUCUGGAAGAGAAGAAGGGCUGUACUCACCUAUGAUUGGGAUCUCAUAGACUGGGAAGAUGAAGAGGAAGAGUUGCGUCCACAAUUUGAAGCAAAAUAUUCCAAACUGGAGCGAUUAAAUCCUAUCACUGGCAAGCCAGAACCCUUCCAGCCUUUCAGUGACAAGCUGAGUCGACUUAUGGUGUCUGUAUCAGGAAUAUUCUUCAUGAUUUCUCUAGUCCUUACCGCAGUCUUUGCUGUAGUCGUAUAUCGGCUGAUCGCCAUGGAACAGUUUGCGUCAUUGAAUUGGCAUUUCAUUAAGAAGUAUUGGCAGUUUGCAACAUCUGGCACUGGGGUCUGCAUAAAUUUCACGAUCAUCAUGUCCCUCAAUGUGCUUUAUGAGAAAGUUGCCUAUCUUCUUACAAACUUAGAGCAUCCAAGAACAGAAUCUGAGUGGGAAAAUAGUUUUGCUUUGAAAAUGUUCCUCUUCCAGUUUGUCAACUUAAACAGCUCCAUAUUUUACAUUGCCUUCUUCCUUGGCAGGUUUGCAGGAAGACCUGGAAAAUAUAACAGACUUUUCCAAAGAUGGAGGCUGGAGGAGUGUCAUCCGAGCGGCUGUCUCAUAGAUCUCUGCUUACAAAUGGGAGUCAUCAUGGUUUUAAAACAAAUGUGGAAUAACUUCAUGGAACUUGGAUAUCCACUUCUUCAAAACUGGUGGUCCCGAAGGAAAAUGAAAAAAGGAGGACAAGCUGUAGAAAGCAAGUUAACAUUACCACAGUGGGAAAAAGACUGGAACCUGCAGCCCAUGAAUGCUCAUGGUUUGAUGGAAGAGUACUUAGAAAUGGUCAUACAGUUUGGAUUCACCACAAUCUUCGUUGCUGCCUUCCCAUUGGCUCCUCUUCUGGCAUUGCUUAACAAUAUCAUUGAGAUCAGACUGGAUGCUUAUAAGUUUGUGACACAGUGGAGAAGGCCCAUGCCUGCCCGAGCCACUGAUAUAGGAAUCUGGUAUGGAAUUUUGGAAGGAAUCGGUGUUCUGGCCGUUAUCACCAACGCCUUUGUCAUUGCUAUCACCUCUGAUUAUAUUCCUCGCUUUGUAUAUGCUUUCAAGUAUGGUCCCUGCCAGGACCAAGGAUACAGACACGAAAAAUGUCUCCGGGGCUAUGUGAACAGCAGUUUAUCAGUAUUUGAUCUGAGUGAACUUGGUGAGGGAUUCACUGGGUAUUGCAGAUAUCGAGAUUACCGGGCGCCUCCUUGGAGCUCAAGCCCCUAUGAGUUCACCCUGCAGUUUUGGCAUGUUUUGGCUGCACGACUAGCCUUCAUCAUAGUUUUUGAGCACCUUGUAUUUGGGAUAAAAUCCUUUAUUGCUUACCUCAUCCCGGAUAUGCCAAAAGAUCUAUGUGACCGAAUGAGGCGAGAGAAGUACCUGGUCCAGGAGAUGAUGUAUGAGGCUGAACUAGAGCACUUACAACGUGAACGGAAAAAAAAUGGAAAACACUACAACCAUGAAUGGCCUUAAGUGAUGCCUCAGGAGCAAAACCUCACACGUACAAGAUAGCAGCCGAGAUUUUAAAACAUGGGGUAUCAACUUAUAUUGUUAAAUGCAUUUCCCAUAACACAUACAUUGGAUUAUUCACAUAUAUGUCUAUUAUAGGACAAUGGUCAUAUAUGUAUAUUGAAAUAUGUAUGCCAGCCAUAUAUAAACUGGAAUACACAUGGUGUCGGAGCACAAAUGCAAUGAAAUGCAGUGUUAUAGGGACUGAAGUGUUUCUAGUAAAGCUAGACCUAUGUCAUGUCUAUGACUGGAAACCAUUCUACCACAUCUCCUGAGGCUUGGCUAUGCCAACAUCUUUGUAGGAAUGAUAUGCCCCCUGGCACUGUAUAAACAACACAUCUCACAGUGCUUAUCUAAUCCAUGGCUGCUCUUGACUUGUAGAUAUUCCUUAACUUACAUUUCUAUCAUUGCUGAUCACUAAGAAGCUCCAGCAUACACCGAGCAGGCGACCAGGUAUUUACUACGUCAUACGAUUUGCUAAAAAAAUAUUUAAAAUCAAAACAAACCAUUUUAUAAAUGUACUUGUACAAAAUCCCAACACAGAGGACUGGAAACAUAAUGAUAAAUAGUCCUAAAGGUGGAAAGAAAGACAAGAGUCCAUCUAUGAAACAACAUCUAAAAAUUCUCCUUAAGAUUUGCAUGAGAAGUUGGGAAUAUUUCUUCCAUGGAUUGAACCUACAGUGCACUCUUCCAAGGACAUAACUAAAUCUAAAAGCAUGACUUGGACAAUGCAGAAGGCUUCAAGAUUUUGUAGGGUGCUGGACAUCCACUUAUGGCAGCCUCAGCAUCCAGGCAGCUUAAUGGCUAUCACCUCACCAUAACUGGAUUUGAAGAAAUGGGUCUUUAAUAUGAUGUUUUUGUGACGUGCCGUUGCCUACUUUACAUAUGACUUGCACAUAAAGAUCCUAUCAGGCAGUUUGGUUAUAAAAGCUUUUAGAAUUUCCCUGCACAUGUUUUCAAAUAGAGCGUAAAUUUAUGAAACAUUUAUGGCGUUUAUUGUGCAAACCAUAAAAAAAACUAUGCAGUUAGAAAGCAUGUUCCCAGUAGGUAACAGAGGGGGAACUGCUAACACCCUAAACAUUAACCAUUCAGUGGGCCUCUAAAUGACUGAAUGGGAUAAUGCCACAAUACGCUUCCUUCUGAAAGAUAACAAAAGUGUUCCAGGACAAAAAAAAAAAAAAAGAAUUGCAAAAAUUUUUGAAAUUUUUUCUUGUUUUUAAAAUGUUAUUCUUUACCAUGUUUUUCUAUCAAAAUGAGCAUUUCCACAUAAAUUUGCACACAUGAUUUUUCUAAAUUAGGUUAUUGAGUAAUGUUAUUUAACUUGAGAUACUAAAUAUAAACAACAUAUUUUUAACUAGCUAAUUAACAUUAUUUGUUAAUCUUAUAAUCUGCCACUUUAUCCAGCAAAGUAUUGUAAUAAAAAGAUCCGAAGUGGAGACAAGAUCAGAAUUUUUUUUUUUCUUUUAGAAAAUUCUCUGAUUAAAACUCAAUAUGGUGGCACAUGGUUUGCCUAUGACUUUGUAUUAUUACAUUUUAGACAUUCUGCUACCAUAUAAAGCUUCACUGUAUGGCAGUGUUACCAGGGAAAAAUAGCUCUGGGAUAUGGAAUCUUAUAAAAAAAAUUCAGUGGAAUUCAUACAGAAUUAGAUUAAAAAAAAAAAAAAACCUCUGUAGACAUUCACUUGAAAUUUGAGCCAUAUGAGGUAUAGUAGGGCCUCUAAGAAAUCUAUGAGCACCAUAAUAUGUUUGUAGUCAAGCGAGCCUUAAAGAGUACCUGUCACCAAAUUACACUUUUAAUUUAGUGUUCCCAUUCACUUGAUUUUAAAAUUAUCAACAUAACUAUGUUUAAAAUGUAAUAUAAAAAACGGCCACUAGGUGGCUCUGUUCUGUUCCCUGCCACAAUUAAUACAGUGAGUUUGGUCUCCUUCCGGCCUGGCAGGAGACCAAACUCACGAAGUACUCCUGUCUGCACUGAGCUUGAUUGGCAGCUGCACAGAAAGUGAAAGCUCUACAGAUUCUCACAGAAAGCUCCACAGACUGAAACCUGCAGGAGAGCCUCACUGACAGCAACACAGACAGAAAAAUGCACAAAGCCUAAUGUCUUCUAUUCAUCACAGCGCUGCAACGAUGUGUGGGCGGAAGUGGUCCCCCAGCAGGCUUCAGAAAUAUCAUGCCUGCAGGGAAAUUCCCACUUUCUCCUGCUGGGAAAUUGCACUAUGUGAGCAAGAAGAAUGGUAAGAUACACAGUUUUUUGAAGAUCAGAAUUUUUUUAGGGGUAGGAGGGGUGUUAGGAGUAGUUAGGGAACAUAGCCUGAGUUAUUUUAGAACAGUUUAUUUGGUGACAGGUACUCUUUAAGGGACACAUGCAGGGGUCAAGACCUUGUGAAAAAAAGUGUGGGAACUCAUCAAGGAUUUCAAUUCAAAGGCUGGUCCUGCUAAUGGGAAUGGUAUUCCUUCCGUGGAAAAAGUGCAGGAACUCAGUUCCCACAUGUUCCUGCAGGACUGGAGCCCUGGGCACAUGGUAUUUUGGGUUUUCCUUGUGUUUGCCACUCUAUUACCAUCUGAUAAAAAGUCCUAUCAUUUCCCAUUGAUGCCAAAUUAAAGGCAUUGCUUUCAUGCUGCCCAAACCGUCAGGGUAGUCCAGGUAGCUUCUGCCUGUCCCUCCGGCCUUGAUCGGUUUGGGAAGAUCUGUCAAUAAAGGAAUUAUGGUUUGGACAGGAAGAAAGUAAUGAUAGCUUCCAUUUAAAGAAAUGUUACUGUAUAUAUUUGCACAAUAUGUUCUGUUUCUUUCAUGCGAUAAUCUGAAUGUAGUAAGCAGAAGCAUACAUUUUAUAUGAAAGCAUUGACUUAUAUGCAUACCACUUCAGGACAAAUAGUUAUUUUUAUGCUUCAGGGUAGCAUGCAGCUGUUUUUAUAUGCAGUAUUUUUGAUUUGUUUGUUUACGUACAGAUUCUUGAUGCAAUGGAUUUUGCGGUGCAAACCCUUUCACACGAAUCUUAAACAUUUAUGCAAGUAUCAUUUUGUAAUAUAAAAGUUGAUGUUGAUACACAUGAAACCUUUCCAUCCUAGAAUUAGAAGUCUGCAUGGUCCUUGUGUGAAUGGGGCCUCUAGUUUACUGAGAUGCAUGAAUAACUCAUCUUACCGUAACCCUUAGCAGUCAACAUGAUCAAUCACUAAAUAGAUCAGAUUUUUUCCUAUUAGGUAAAUCACAUGAUUAAGGUUUUCACCGUUUUUACAAUGGGUGUCAAUGGGUGAUGUGUGCAUUUGUAUGGCAUACAUAUGUUUGGGCUAUACAUUAGGUGUUUUUACAUCAAGUGCCCUUAGGCAAAGUGUUGUCAGCAUUUUGUAAAGAUUAAAAUAAGAAUAUCCUGUAACUUUGUACUUUGAUGACUGUGUAAAAACAUUUUAAUUUGCCUAUGUGAUACUGUUACCAAAUCUGAUCCACCAACAUCAUCUCCUAUGAAAGUUACAUUGACUUAAAGUAUUAGAUCAAUGUUUACUAUCCUACUGGGCUCUGCUUAUGCACAGAAAUGCUUCCGGCACACACUUCGAACAUAUUCAUAGACCUCCAUGCACCCAGCAUAAGCCUUUUUGCACAUAUUGGGUCAGUAUGCAUCAACUUACUUUUUUUUUGUUUUACUGCAGAGGAAAGUGUUGUUUGCUGUGCUCUCCUAAACAGAAGAACACCAUAAAAAGAUGUAUCCUACAAUACACAUUUUUUUUACAAUAAGAGUUAAAGGGGUUAUCCACCAUAAGGUGAUUUUAGUACGUACCUGGCAGACAGUAAUGGACAUGCUUAGGAAGGAUCUGUGCUUGUCUUGGGGCUAAAUGGCUAUGUUGUGAGAUUACCAUAAUACUGUGGCUAGCUUUUUGUGAGCUGGUAUUUCCUGUUUGAUUUUUAUUUUUUGACUACAAAUCCCAUAAUUCAAUUUUCCUCCCUCCCACACAUCAACCACCCAAACCAUUGAAACAUAAAUGAGCUGCAUCCAUUCAAAGACCUGUGGUUUUCAAUCAGGGUGCCUACACCUGUUGCAUUAGUAGCAGAUCAACUAAACAAUCCCUCCACUCAGUGAAGCAGACAGGCUCCCUGUCAUCAGCUGACUAGUGAGUCAGGUCUCGGCCGCAUUGCAACCUGGGAAAAAUCUGAGACAACAGUAAUUUUGUAAAAAUAAAUUUUGGGGUGAAAAAUCACAUAAGAAUUGUGAUAAAAUUGUCACACACAGGUACAGACACUAUAUUAUGAACUACACUAACUUUACAGCCCCCGUAGCAUAGUCAAAUAAAUAAAAUUCCUGGAAUACCCCUUUAAUUGCCAAUGUAGGCCUUUGUAUGCCUUUAUAAUGGCAUAUGUUGGCAGAAUAGUUUGAGAAACAUUUUGAAUGUCUACUGUAUCUCCUACAGAAGUAUAAAACAAGAUGUGAACAGAGCCUUAGAUAGUCUUGUAUGUUUGCUUUGACCAAGAAACAAAGCAGGGUGGAGCUAAACAAUAGACGUUUAAAACUUUUAUACAGAGCAUGAAAAUAAUGUCUGGACUUCUUUUGGAAAUAGCAAAUCAGAUAUACAGGAUUACAGUUUGGUAAAACACUUUAUUCUGAUUCCAGGUCCAUUGUGUUUAGUCAGUACAGUAUAAUGGAGUCUGCUCUGCUAUACUGCUCAGUAAAAAGGAGAAGAAACCAGAUGAAGUCCAUUACAGUCUUAACUUGGAUUCAUUACAUUAUUAUUUAGAUCCCCCCCCCCCCCACAAAAAAAAUAAAAAUAAAAUAAAAUUGGGAGCCAAUAUGUAGACACAUCACAUAUGGUAGGAAAACAACUUGAUAUGAGUUGUGCUCUAGUAGUUGUUGAGUUUUUAAAGGAAUUAUCCAGCUAUUUAUUUUUGUAUUUAAAAGUGUUCAUGUUGGGCUAAAAGAAAAUAAUGUGAACUCAUGAACCUUAUGCCAUUACAACUGCAUUUGUCACUCUUUAAAAGAAUGUCUUCCCAAUAAACAGCUGCUUAAUAAUAACCCAUAAUGGGUUUAUUGCCAAAUAGUUUUAGUUCAUUAAAUAUGUUACAAUAUUUAAUACAAAAUUGUAUUUAAUUCAUAUAUUCAUUUAUCAAAAACAUCUAUCCAAAGAGAUCUGUCUCUAAACAUGUCUAUUUACUUAAAAGGGGUGUUCUGUUGCUAGACAUCUUACCCCUUUCCAAAGGAUAGGGGAUAAGAUGUCUCAUCACGGGGGUCAGGCCACUGGGAUCCCCCACAAUCUCAGUGCAGAAACCUGGCAUUAUGAAUAUUAUGUUCAAAACGUUGGGUUGAGGAGGCCGUGGUCGUGACAUCACGGCACGCCCCCAUGACAUCAGGCCACACCCCCUCCAUUCAUGUUCAUAGACAUGAAUGGAAGGCGUGUGGCAUGACAUCACAAACACGGCCUCCCGAACCCAGCAUUUUGAACAUAAUGUUCAGAACGCUGGAUGUCAGCACGGAGAUUGCGGGGGUUACAGCUGCCGUACACCCGCGAUCAGACAUCUUAUCCCCUGUCCUUUGGAUAGGGGAUAAGAUGUCUAGCAAUGGAUACCCCCUUUAAGUAGAUAUUUGCAUUCCUAAUAAUAUAUAAUUAAUCUGGAGUAUAUUCUUUUUUUAUAACUCUUAUAAAGUUUUCCCCUGUUAUUCCUUCUAGUAAUUUGUGAAUAAAUUGGCAACUGGGUGUUCCCAUUUGGGGUUGUAUCCUUGCACAGUCUGACAUCCAAUCACCACAUAAUGUGUAGAAACACAUUUUCUGACUACAAAAAUGGUAAUUCCCAGUUGUCAAUCUUUUACAUAAAACAUACAUUUCUAUGAGAGAUAUCAGAAGGACAACACAACGCAGUAGAAGAUGCUUCAGAAUUUUCAUUUUUUAGGGAUUUUAUGUAUUUACUAAAACAGACAUAAAAUGUUCAGAAAUAGCACAAAUAAUCUGACAGUCAACAUUUCAAUGUGUUUUUUUGUAAAGAGACUGCUGGGCAUGUUAAGCUCCUUACUGUAAAAUAUUUUAUCCUUGUAACUAGUCAAUAGGUUUUUAUUAUUUAAUUUAAUAUUAAAAUAUUAAGGAGCUCUCUUUUCCAGCUCAUAUAGAAAAUCUUCUCUUAAAAUAUAAUAAUUAUGACAUUUUGAUGACUAGACAAAUAGAUGUACAUAUAGAGAAUAAAGCACUUUUCCUAUCUUAACACAACAGACCAGGAUUCCUACCUUUUUAGUAAAGCAAAACAUUACACAGCCUAAUGUAAACCAAAAAAGUCCAAAUUAAAGUCCAACACUAAAGUUUUAAGAGGCUUAUUUUCAUUGUCCCUUACCCGAGGUAUUUCAGCAUUUUAACUACAACUACAAACAUAACCAUCCUGUUAUCAGGGCACAAAGUACAUUGCACCAUAUCCCUCAAGUGCUAGAAAAGACCCAAAGCUUGUAAAUGUGCACAUGUGGUUGCGCAGAGUGAUACAGUGUUGUAUAACUUCUUCCUUAUACAAUGUGCAUUUUACAUAUCUUCAUUUUAAUAUAUUGUAUGCAAUGCAUUGUUCAUAUUGAUGUAAAAUGACACCUAACAUUUCAUGUACAAUAUUUUUAAUUAUCAAUGUUUACAUACUUUAUGCAUUAAAUUAUAAAAUGUAAGAAAAAGAAAAAAAACAAAAAAAAACAACCAAACACUUGCUUAAAUUAUUUCUUGGAUACAAAAUAUUUGCAUUGUGUAUAUUUUAAAUGGAAAAUAUGAAUUACUAA